AUAUUUCCUGGACUUAAAACUUGCCAGCCUCAUCCUACUUUUCCCAUCCAAAUUAAAUUUAGCAUGCCAAAACCAAAGGCACAACUUCCGUGGUUUGGCCUCAUGGCUUCCCUUGCUUUAUUUCUACUGCCGGAAGCUUGCAUCGCCGGAAGACGAAACAAGGAUUGCGGCUUUACUCUGUGUGGAGACGUUAACAUCAGCUCCCCUUUUCGAUUAACAAGCCAACCUCGCAGGUGUGGUGACCAUAGAUAUGAGCUGGAGUGUGACAAUAAUAACCGCACCACUUUGGUCGUGAAACAUGGGAGAUUUUACGUCCAAAACAUCUCUUAUGAAAAUUCUACGAUAAGAGUUGUGGAUGCCAGUCUGGGCAAGAAUGAUUGCUCCCUUCCCCGCAGUUCCUUCAUUUUUGGUGAUCCAUGUAAGCUACCGUAUUCGGUGUCGUAUCCUGGGAGCAGCAUUAUGUAUCUUGUAAAUUGCACAACACCGAUGAAAUCUUCUCCGUAUGUUGAUGCCUCUCGUUGCCCCAGUCGCUCUUCCCAUCCACCAACCUUCUUUUAUUUUUUAGAUGGAGAAACAAAGAUGUACGAUUUCAAUCAAUUUUGCACAGUCGAAGCACGGGUUCCGGUUGGGUUAAAGAAUAUCAACGACAUGUCUACUUUGGACAUCUACGGAAAGCUAUUACUGGGCUUUGAGCUGUCAUGGUACUACUACGAUUGCAGCUACAAAAUUUCGCUUCAAGAUGUAUUGUACUUGUUGAGAUAUGCCUUGAAAAUCUAUGUGGACAGCUUCACACAUUUCCUCUUCAAUGGCUCACGUGUAGCCUACACUACAAACUUGGAAGAAAAAAGAACGUAUAUCUUAUGUCUUGAAGGAACAGGAGGAGCUAUCUUGUUAAGAACUUUUUUGGGAAUAUGUUGCUUGAUUGCACUUGUUACGUACAAGUGGAGAAAAAGACAUUUAUGUGGGGAUGACACGAUUGAAGAGUUCCUUCAAAAGCAAAUUGCUUUAAUGCCAAUAAGGUACUCUUAUCGUGAAAUAAAAAAAAUGACUAGAAAUUUUAGAGAUAAAUUAGGUGAAGGUGGUUAUGGUUCAGUGUUUAAAGGAAAACUUCGUAGUGGUCACCUUGCGGCAAUAAAAUUAUUGGGCAAGUCAAAAGCCAAUGGGCAAGAUUUUAUUAAUGAAGUUGCUACAAUCGGGAGAAUUCAUCAUGUCAAUGUGGCGAAACUCAUUGGAUUUUGUGUGGAGGGAUCAAAACAAGCUCUUGUAUAUGACUUUAUGCCAAAUGGAUCUCUAGAUAAGAUCAUAUUUGCAGAAGAAAAUAAAACUAUGUUGAGUUGGCAAAAAAUGUUUGAUAUUGCGCUUGGGGUGGCUCGAGGAAUUGAAUAUUUACAUCAAGGAUGUAACAUGCAAAUUCUGCAUUUUGAUAUCAAGCCACACAAUAUUCUUUUAGAUGAGAACUUUGUUCCAAAAGUUUCAGAUUUUGGUCUUGCUAAACUUUAUUCGGUAGAUGAUAGCAUUGUAUCUCUCACUGCAGCACGGGGUACAAUAGGAUACAUUGCUCCUGAAUUGGUCUACAAAAGCAUUGGAGGCAUUUCAUACAAGGCUGAUGUUUAUAGUUUUGGAAUGUUAUUAAUGGAAAUGGUGGGAAGAAGGAAGAAUUUGAAUGCAUUUGCUGAACACUUGAGUCAAAUAUACUUCCCCUCAUGGAUUUAUGGCCGAUUUCAUCAAGGAGAGGACAUCGAGUUGGGAGAUGUCACAGAUGGUGAAAAGAUAAUUGUGACGAAGAUGAUAAUAACAGCUUUUUGGUGUAUACAAGUGACACCUAGUGACCGUCCUUCGAUGAGCAAAGUCUUGCAGAUGCUUGAAACUGAUGUUGAGCUCCUUCAAAUGCCCCCCAAACCUUUUCAACUCCCUUUUGAAAUAUCAACUGAGGAUCAUGUUGUUGACAAUCGGAGUGAGGAUCCAACUUCAUCACUUCUUUCUUCGAAUGAAAUUAAAUUAGCUUAAAUAUAGUCUAAGUUAUGAAACUUUUUCAUUUUAUCACGUUAUCUUUGUACUUUGAUAAUAAGAAAAAAACAUGUCCCUUUAAAGCCUAGAAUUUUGUAUCGUAAAUUUCCAAACUUUCCUCUGUAUUUUGAGCUAUGUUUCUAAGGGUUUUCUUCUUUUGUA